CUCAAGUAAGCUAAUACUUCCUGCUGGAGAAACAGCUACUUCAACAUCUCUAGUAUCUGAUAUGUCUUUACUCUGAGAAACUCAGAGGAGUGACACAUCAGGUUAUCGAUUCCAAAUCUGCACAGACAUGAGGAAAAGACUGAUUCAGAUCUUUGGCUUCCUGAUCUCAACCCUCGGUUGGGUUUUUGUGUGCUGCACAAUGGCAAUGGACUACUGGAGGAUCACUUCUAUCGGUGGCCAAGGCGGCUCUUGGAUCAUCAAGGCAGCAUCGUACUGGUCCAACUUGUGGAGGGACUGCUUCACCGACACCACAGCCAUAACCAACUGCAGAGAUUACGAUGUCUUGUGGGGUGUCACACCCUAUGUCCAGGCUGUCAGAGGACUGCUGAUGGUGGGCAUGGCCUUUGGAUUUGUCGCUGCCAUAUUAUGCUUUAUUGGCAUGGAAUGCACCUACAUUGGGGGAAGUGAGAAAGCUAAAGACAGACUUGUUUUCAUUGGAGCCAUUUUCCAUUUUGUUGGUGGUGUUUCAGACAUUGCUGCUUAUUGCUUAUACCUCAACAGAGUUGCCAGAACCACUUUUGCUCACUCUCUGGAGAGAGGUGUCCUGAGGUAUGGCAUUGGAACUCCGAUAUUUCUUGGCUUGGUGGCCGCCUUUCUCAUCAUCCUAGGCUCCCUUCUGUAUGCAGUCACUGUGUACCGAAUCCUCUUCCCCAAAAGGGUUGUGUAUGCUUUAGCUCCGCGCACAUACAUGGAUCCUCAGACCUACAUGGGCUCCAGGAACAGAACACCGUACUAUGGGGCUUCAUACUAUGGCCUCCCACGGCCAUCAAGGCAAUCAAGGCAAUCAAGAUCAUCAGGAUACACUAGCAGCUCCAGGGUAUCCAGGAUUAGCCAAAUAACUGAGGAGAGAUCAGCAAGAGAUGCAUUUGUGUGAGCUGCACACACCUACAGUAGUAUAUGAUGAUGCAGUAUGACUAAUCUGUGACUAGUCUGACAUUUACGAAUUUGACUAAACUAAAAUGGUUAUGGGUUCCGCAAUAGAAAUACAUGUACCCAACAAAUGCUUCUGUAAAUAAACUGAUAAUAAAUGCCAUUUUAAACUAUGUAUACUGUAUGCUUUGUAAUGUACCUAUCUAUUUAUAAGCUUACUAAUAAAUAAAUAAAUAAAUAAAUAUGAUACCAUUGGCAUAAUGUGUUACAUUGUUUCAAGAUCAUAUGAACAAAUGAAAAUGGAUUGCCACCCCUAAUUGAGCAGUAAGCCAAAGUAAUUAUAGUAAUUAGUAUAUUAAUGAAGUCUGAUCACUUCAAGUCACUUCAAAUCCAAUCUCAGUGACAAAAUAUUUUUUUUAUCAGGAAAAAAUUAUAAAUAGGCCUAUUAAUGUAUCAUAUAUUGUAAAUACUUGAAUUGCUUGAACACAAUGAUGGAU